AUGCAGGACCAGAUCCAGAAGCUGCUACUUAUGGGCCCCGGUGGGGCAGGGAAAACGUGCAUGCGAAGUAUUAUAUUCGACAAUUAUUUGCCGCGUGACGCGCUUCGGCUGGGCAUCUCCAUCUCGCUAGACCAGAGCCAAGUGCGCAUGUUUAACAACCUCUACCUCAACCUCUGGGACUGCGGUGGGCAGCACCGUUACGUGGCGGAGUACUUGAACCGCCAGAAGGAGUACAUCUUCCGCAGCGUCAGUGUGAUGCUCUUCGUAUUUGACAUCAAUAGCAUGAGCCGCGAGAACGAGGACACAUAUGGGGGGAUGUCAACCGAUUGGAGUCGGCCGGAGAUGCUGGAGUACUUUCAGUCUGCCAUGCACUACAUUCGACAAUACAGUCCACAUGCGAAGAUCUUUGUGUUGCUGCACAAGAUGGACCUCAUCGCCAAGGAAUUUCGCGAGACAAUUUUUGACUCGAGGAAGGCAGAAAUCCUCUCGCGACUCGAGGCGGACGAUGCCGCAUGCAACAUCCAGUUCUUCGCCACGAGCAUCUGGUCAGACUCGCUGUAUUUGGCAUACAGCAGUGUUGUGCGCUCCCUCAUACCCCACAGAGACGUCCUCAUGCGAGAAAUGAAGAAGCUGCUCCACAGCUGCAAUGCGAUGGAGGUGGCUCUGUACGAGCGCAGCACGUUUCUUUGCCUGACGCAUGUUAGCCGCAAGGAUGCCGAUGAUAAAUUCGAAGGCAAUGCCGCCAGCACCAACACCAGCAACUGUGCCAACAACGACACCUGCUACCCCGAGACGAACGGCGGUGCGCUUGGCACGCCCAAAUGCGAGUUUCGAACGACAGAAGUAAGUGAGACGGUGAAACAUUUCAAGUUAAGUUGCAUGAACAAUGCGACGAGUUUGGAUGGCUUCCAGAUUACCACGGGGGACUUCACCGCGUUGCUUCACCCCUUUACAAACUGUACCUAUGUGCUACUUGUGUCGACAGACCCUAGCGUCAGUGUGGAGCUUCACAAGCGCAACUUGUACAGUGCACAGCAUGCAUUUGAGCUUUUUCUUCGCUCCGGGGACCCUAUUGCGGAAGAAAUGCGGCAAAUACUGUGA